UCCCGCGUAACAAACAAAGCAGAGCGAGCGCUUUGGCGGUCUGCAAGUUUAAGGAGGUUUGUUGUGGAGACUCCAAGUUUUGAACAUCCAAAAAUGAGUACAGCAAAAAAAGCAAAAACAGACAGUGGAAGAUCAUUCCAAGGGGCCUGGACAGAGUCAUUUGGAGUGAUUGAACGCAAUGGGAAAGCGUUCUGUGUUCUGUGUCAUGAAAGUGUUGUGUGUCGCACUUCAAGUGUCAGACGGCACUUUGAGACCAACCACAAAAGUGUUGCCAAACUUGAUGAAACUGAAAGAAAACAGUUUCUUGAAGAGGAAUUGAGGAAAUACCGUUCCCAGUAUUCUAGUGUUUGCAACUCUCCUAGAAAAAAUCAUCUGACAGCUGCUAGUUUUCAAAUUUCACUGUGCAUAGCAAAACAUGGUAAGCCCCUCUGUGAUGGGGAUAUUAUCAAAACAGCCAUGUUGUCUGUGAGUAAUUCCCUUUUUCAUGAUUUCCCAAACAAAGACAAAAUUAUUCAACGCAUCUCUGAGAUGCCACUUAGCAGAAGUACUGUUAAAGAUCGAGUCCAGCCCAUGGCAAGUGAAGUUAGUCAGCAGCUCACCAGUGACUUACAAAAGGCAGCCUGUUAUUCCAUGUGCUUGGAUGAAAGCACAGAUAUAAACAAUCAUGCAAGGCUAGCCGUGAUUUUGCGUUAUGCUGUUGGUGACAUCAUGAGAGAAGAGCUGGUGAAACUGGUGUCUUUGCCCGAAGGAACACAAGGGAUAGAUAUCUACAAUGCUGUCAUGGAGGCUUUUUUGUCACGAGACAUAAGGCCAGAAAAAGUGGUUUCAAUUAGUAGUGAUGGGGCACCUUCUAUGGUGGGGGCAACCUCUGGUUUCGUACAGUUCUUUGUUAAAGAAAUAAAACAUCAAGUCAUUCAGUUCCAUUGUAUUCUACAUCAAGCAGCUCUUUGUGCCAGGGAAAGCAGCAAAAAAUUUGACGAUGUCCUCAAAGAUGUCACAAAAAUGGUGAAUUACAUCAUGGCUCAUGCUCUGAAUUUUCAACAGUUUCAAGCACUUGUUGAGGAGGUUCAGGCACAGUAUAACUGUUUAAUUAUGUACAAUAAUGUCCGGUGGCUGAGCAGAGGACGAGUCCUGGAGAGAUUUGUAGCCUGCUUGAAUGAAAUUAGGCUGUUUAUGAAUGAAAAAGGGCAGGAAUAUCCACAGCUCACUGAUAUGGCCUGGCUUACCAACCUCAGGUUUUUUACAGAUUUUACACUACACUUCAACGUACUGAACAAACAACUACAAGGUGUAGGGAAAACAGCAGAAAGGAUGAUUUGUGAUAUCAAAACAUUUGAAGAAAAACUGCAGGUUUUUGAAAAAGACCUUGAAAGUGGGGAGCUGAAAUAUUUUCCAAAUCUAAAAAUGCAUUUAGAAAAUUCUACAUUUGCAGACAAUCCUACAAGCCAUCAGGAAAUCUACAAGGAAUUUUCUAGCAUUGUAGCAGCUGCAAAGGUGAAUCUUAGUAACAGAUUUUUACAGUUCCGUAAGUUGGAGACAACCCUGUGUUUUCUUACUUCUCCAGAUAAAGCCGAAUUUGAAGAACUUGAUCUUUCCUGCUUAGGCUGGUUAGAUUUAGGAAACCUGGAAAUGGAGCUAAUAGAAUUUCAAGAAAGCUCUCUCUGGAAAAAUAAAUUCUAUGACCUGCGUGAAACACUUGAGAAGAUAGGAGGGAUGACGAAGAGCAGAGUUAGUUUUGAAAAUGAAAUCCUUAAAGUAUGGAAUUCUCUGCCAAUUAUGUUUAAGUCAAUGAAAGCCCUUGGGGUUGCUUUCCUUACUUUGUUUGGCUCAACUUAUACUUGUGAGCAGCUGUUUUCAGCUUUGAAUUAUAUCAAGUCUGACACCCGAAACAGACUAACAGAUGACCUGAGUGCUGCAUGUGUUGGUCUUAAUCUUACCAAGUAUGAGCCAAGGUUGGACACAUUACCAGCCUGCAGUCACAUUUAAUUGUUCACAAGCAUGUUAAAUGCAAACUUUUACAUUUCAAUAAAAAGUUAUUUGUAUUAUUGAAA